GUGGUUUACUCACUUCUAUGUGGUUUCUGUGCUCUGGAACGGCUCUCUGCUGAUCUGGCUUUUCCAAGCUGAGUUCCUCGGGGGGUCACUCCCAGCAUGGAUUCAGCACAUGCACCUUGCGCUUGGCAGAGACUCUCGGAGCGAGAACACAGAUAGUGAGCGUUUCUCUGCGCUCCUGGUUCUCUUUCUGCUCUGGCUGCAUAGUUGUCGCAGACUUGCAGAGUGCCUCAGGACCAGCGUGUUUUCCGAUGGCGUCAUUCAUGUUGUGCAGUAUUGCUUUGGACUGGGUUACUACAUUGCCGUUGGCUCAACUGUGCUAUGCCAAGUGCCUACUAACAUCAGGAAUGGAAAAGAGCUCUCUGUGCAGAUCUGCUGGUAUCACAUUGUGGGAGUUACGAUGUACAUUUGGGCCUCUCUUCACCAACACAGAUGUCUUGUGAUUCUAGCUAAUCUUAGAAAAAGCAAGUCAGGAAAGGUUGUAAGCCUGAGCCACAGUGUACCUUUUGGAGACUGGUUUGAGAGAGUUUCUUGCCCUCAUUAUUUUGCAGAGCUCCUUAUAUAUGUAUCCAUGGCCAUCAUGCUUGGAUUUCACAAUGUGACGUGGUGGUGUGUAGUGACGUAUGUUCUUUUUAACCAGGCACUGGCUGCUGUUUUGUGUCACGAGUUCUAUCAGGAAAACUUUAGCUCCUACCCAAAGCAUCGAAAAGCAUUUAUACCAUUUGUUUUUUAGAAUAUUUAUUCUAA